UUUUUCUCUCUGCUCGGCUCUGAAUCAACUAAUCAGCAAGCUGUUGAGGCGGGCCAGCGACAAAGAGAAGGGCGAUCCAACACUUAUAACAGAGCGCAGUUGGCCUCCGUUCGUCUCCUCCUCCUGGCAUCGUCGUCAUCGUCGUCGUCACUGAAUCACUGCGCCCUUGUACGUACACCAUCACAGAAGGAAAGACAUCAGAAGGCGAGUGAAAGAGAAGAAGAGAAGAAAAUCGCAACAGAAGACAUUGGAGAGAGGGAGGGACAAGAAGAAAGGCACAAUGGACGACGCGGAGAAACACCCAAUCCCGCUCUUCUACCGCAUCGUGCUCCUCUACAUCGAGCCCCUGUUCGCGCUCAACGGCGCAUUUCUCUGCUUGGCGUCACCCUCACACUUCCUCGACGCCGUGUCACCUCACCACCCCGUCGCCAACGCAUCCUCCCUCGCGCUCGCACCGUCCGCCGCCCUGUCGCACAGCAGCAGCAGCCAUGGCAACGGCGACGAUGCGCUGCGCAACGUGCGCAUCCUCACCGACAUGCUCGGCAUCAUGCAGCUCGUCUUCGCCUUCAACCUCGCCGUGACGCUGCGCGUGGCCGGCACCCAGACCAAGAUCUGGCGCGUCAUGUGCGCGGGCAUGCUGCUCUCCGACCUCCUGCACAUUGCCGUCUCGGUGCGCGAGUACGGCGCCGGCGGCGUUGGGGGCCAGGGCGUCGGCGUCGGGGCCUGGCGCCUGACGGACUGGAUCAACUUUGGCAUCCUCAUUGGCAUGGGCGUCGUGCGCUUGGGCGCCGUGCUGGGCAUUGGCAUCCACGAGGGGGAGAGGAAGGACCACAAGGGCAAGAUCUCAUGACAUACGGCAGUAAUUAUAUGCAAUUCUUCUUCGCAAGGAUGUACAGCUAUAGUAAGCUCAGGCUAUCCGCCUCUCCUCGUCCAUCAGACGUUGACGCUCCUCCUGAUGUCCCCUGCUAUCGUCGUCAUCGUCGUAGUCCCCCUUGCCGCCUGGAUACAGCACGUAGUGCUGCACCAUAAAGAUAACAUCGUACACCAUGCUCGCAUUGCCCAGCGCAAACUUGACGGGAUUGC